GCCUUCCUAACGACUUCCUCCUGUAAUAUAGAUGCGCAGGAUCGAGCUCGUGUCAAAUGGAACAAUGUAACGGAUCGGAGUUGACAGCCUCAGUCGAGAGGUUACUGAUUAAUCACGGUCCGUCUCCAUAACCGUAGAUAAGGGCACGAGAUCCGCAUGAAUGACAGGAGAAUGACAGCAGGUCCGCAUUCAGCAUUUUAGUGUCUUCUUUACAAGGAUAAUUCGCUUUGAAUGGGGAACAUAAUCUGCAUGCUACCCAAGUUCAGGCAGGAUCUUACACAAGCCUGGAGUCGGGGAACGCACCUGCCUCUCUUCCUUGACUUGUAAACUCAUUCAUCAGCACCAGCCGUCUUUAAUGGGAUAAACUCCAGAGAUCAGGUGAACAGCUGAUCUAAACUCAAGUAAGACCAUCCAGCUUCUUAAUUUCUUCUUGAUUGACAUUUUACAUCCUAAGGCCUCCGCAUGGUACUCUGGUCGAAAGAUCAAGACAAACUGUCCGACAUGUCCACCGGGACGGAAAGGAUAGAGAUGAAGAAGGAAGGGGCUCCGCCAGCGUUCCACCACUCCAACGGGUCGGUCCAUCCGGUUAUAUUACCCGACAGCCCUGAGGAGGUGCCCCAGACCCCUGGGGAGUACGAACUCACAGAAAUGACCUCCAUACCGGACCACAGUGAUCAAGAGAAUGAACGGCCGGACAUGGUUGUCCUCGACUGUCGGGCCAACGCAAAGGGCCAGAGGGAAGAGGACGCGCUCCUGGAGAACGCCAGCCAAAGCAACGAGAGUGAUGACACUAGUACGGACCAAAGCCCGGUGCCGCCGGCUCCUCUGAAGGAAACAUCCUUUUCUAUUGGACUCCAGGUUUUGAUCCCUUUCCUGCUGGCAGGGUUUGGGACAGUUGCAGCUGGCAUGGUUCUGGACAUUGUACAGCACUGGACGGUAUUCACAGAGGUGACUGAAGUCUUUAUCCUGGUGCCUGCUCUCCUGGGCCUGAAAGGGAACUUGGAGAUGACCCUCGCAUCCAGACUGUCUACUGCAGCUAAUAUUGGACAAAUGGAUACGGCGAAGGAUAUGUGGAAAAUGAUCAUGGGAAACCUCGCACUAAUUCAGGUUCAGGCCACAGUAGUCGGCUUCCUGGCUUCCAUCGCUGCAGUCAUUUUUGGCUGGAUUCCAGAGGGUAAUUUUAAGAUGGGCCAUGCCGUCCUGCUCUGUGCCAGCAGCGUGGCCACUGCAUUCAUCGCUUCUUUGCUGCUAGGUCUUAUCAUGAUUGGAGUCAUCAUUGCAUCCAGGAAGGUUGGCAUCAACCCAGACAAUGUGGCCACCCCCAUUGCAGCCAGCCUCGGUGACCUGAUCACCCUGGCGCUGUUGGCUGGCAUCAGUACGGGCCUGUAUAAGGAGCUCGAAUACAAUGACUAUGCCAACCCGUUGGUUUGUGCCUUCUUUGUCGCCCUGACACCCUUCUGGGUCCUCAUCGCCCGGCGGACACCUUCCACCCGGGAAGUGCUCUACUCAGGGUGGGAGCCGGUCAUUAUCGCCAUGGCCAUCAGCAGUGUUGGAGGCCUUAUUCUGGAUAAGACAGUAUCUAACCCUAACUUUGCUGGAAUGGCGGUGUUCACUCCUGUCAUCAACGGUGUGGGCGGCAAUUUGGUGGCGGUUCAAGCCAGUCGAAUCUCCACAUACCUGCACAUGAACGCCUUGCCCAUAGCAGAGCCCAGCCCAGCCCCGCAGAAAUGUCCAACUCCCUGGAGCUCGUUCUUUGGCUCAGCUCUCAACUCACGUUCUGCCAGAGUGCUCUUCCUCCUGGUCGCUCCUGGUCAUCUGGUCUUCCUGUACACUAUUAACUCUAUGCAGGGUGGACACACCACUCUCACCUCCCUCUUCAUUGCAUUUUAUCUGGCCGCGGCUCUGCUUCAGGUUGUGAUCCUGCUGUACCUUGCAGACUGGAUGGUUAACUGGAUGUGGCAUCGAGGGAUGAAUCCUGACAACUUCUCCAUUCCCUACUUGACUGCCCUGGGAGACCUGCUGGGGACGGGCUUCCUGGCUCUGUGUUUCCACAUCCUGUGGCUGAUUGGAGAUAGGGACACAGAUGUGGGUGAUUGAUCCACGCUGCUUCCUUUGACUCUGUCCAAGCAACACAAAUGUCUUUAUUUAUAAUGCCACAUAGAGAAAUAUUAUCUAUAUUGUUAUGGCUGCAUUGGCUACCAUGAUUAUAUGGAUGACAUUAUUGCUUUGGUAUUGAUAUGUAAUUUCAUGGUUGUUUAGCUACAGGGAGAACAACAAUCCUCAUUAUUUUUCAAUGGGGAUGUUCGGCCCAAUUUUAUGGCCUGUCGCAUUGGCUGCAUGUAAAGAUGACAUCAACCUAAACUUGAAAUAUUUCACGAGAGGCAAAGGAACACAGAAUGCUACAUCAGCAAGUGCUACAAAAUAGUGAUAUAAAUGAUGUGUUUUGAGGGCGGUACUCACAGCCUUUGCCAACUAAAAACAAAAUAAACUAUUUGGACCAUCACAGAGUGACCUAAAUAACAUUUCAGGCUAAAGAUUAAAAGAGUCACUUACUGUAUGUCUUAUAGUAGAGACUGAAUCUCAAAGGGGACCUUUUGAUGAUAAAACAUGCAUAUACAGUAGAGAUCGCCUAAUUUAACAAGCAAUGCUAUGUUUUCAGGAUCUAAAUUUGCUUUAAUAGCUGUGCUUAUGGUUACUGAGAGGGAUAGUAGCCCAAAAUGCUUUACUGUUUCAUUGAAAUUCUCAAAUUGUGCAAUGCGAUGAAAAAGGCUCAUGGGUUGUUUACGCUCGGCACCUAAAGGGUAAAAUAUCAGACUUUGCCUCAUUUGCGUAUACAUUUCUGUUACGUGGGCAAAAGUCUCACCCAGUCAAAGGCCUGUAAUAUUGCACAUGAGGCCGUCCACGUCUGUUACUCUCCAAAAUCUCUUCAGUGGACUCACAAUACUGGGGCAGUUAAUCGAUUUGUAGUGAUGGUCAACAAAGUGGUUAUUUUAAAAGGGCUGUGAAUUCUACAAAAAAAUGGCUGUCAGAACCUUUUAAUCAAAACAGAAAUCAUAUUUGACAAUGCACUCUUAAAGGCUUUCCAAAUCCCAAUGAAUUUAUUAUUCUAUUAUAUAGAGUAUUUCUACAGUUGACCCUUUGCUAAGCUCUGCCUCCCUUGGAUACUGUUGCUAAACCUGAUAAAAGUUUUACAGAGCACGUCAAGGGACAGAACUGGAGUUUCUAUGAUUUAUUAGUUAAAAGUGCUCACAAAGUGCCCAAAAUAAAAGGGAAAUUAUUCUCAUGUGAGAUGAAGGAAGCAUGCAUUGCAAAGCAUUUUAUCUGCCGUUUUCCUUGAAAGAAAAAUGCAGACACUGCAAACUCAAGGCAAAAAAAUACUUACCACAAUCAAUUAAAAAGAGAAAAUGCCCCUUUCACAGCUCAGUUAACUUAUGGAUAUACGUUUGCACAAUACACUGUAAAAUGAUUUUUCACUGUAAAUGAAGUUGUAAAAUAAAAGAUUACUGGAGCAUAUUUUACCUGAAAAUACUAUUUCAGUCUUUUGACUUUGCAAAACUUUACUAGCAGUUUCUGAGUGAAAAUUGUUUCAAAGUAAACCCUCACCAAAUUAUCCAAGCUUUUUUGUUCAGGAAUGUUUUUUAAUGCAAAGCUUAGCGAAAGGUCAAUUGGUGAUUUCAAUUAGAUCAAACUAAAGAAACACGAAACGCUCUGCCUUAAAAGACUUUUUAUAAAAGGACCGAAGCAUAUCUGUAGAAUGAUGCAAAAAAUAAAUAAUAAUGAUAAUUGAAAAAAAGGGCUAUUUUGACAUCUACACCUCUGCAUGCUAUAGCAAAAAAAAAAAAAAAAAAAAAAAAAAAAACCUUGAACCAGCUCUCUGAAUGAUUUGAAGCCAUGCUUGAUUUUAAAUGUAGUUUCUUUCCUACUGGAAGAGGAGAGAAAUGGUUUCCUUUUGAAUGUUUUUAUGAGAUUAAUGCCACUCAGAAACACUUGAAGGGCUAACAGGAUGGCUAGCAGCUAGUCUGUAGCUACCUCAGUUCUCAGCCAUUAAAAAAAAUCCCUAAUCAGUGGCUGUCAGUAAACUAAUUUUAAUGACUAGCCAGGCCUUAUAAAGCAACUGACCUCUAUUUAUCGCAGUAUGUUAAUGCUAGCAUGCAACUGCUAAAGGGCUGUUUAGAAACAUCGCUCCAUUCGCGCACAUCUCACGUCAUCAGCAGAGUAGUGGAAUUUGUGCGGGGCACAUAACAUAAAAUACUUCACACCCCUUUAUUUUUACUGUAAACUUUUGUUUUCUGUUCUUAAAUGUCUGUUGUUGUUUUUUUUAACUGUACAAGUGUGUUAAGGCGAGUUCUAGUGUCUUAUGUUUGUUGCAAGCACAUUUCAUGUCACAAUAGAUCACUGUGCACAAGAUGUACUGUAAUGUCAGACUUUACCACAAGAGUUCGCACUUGUGCAACGAGAGCAUGCGGCUCCAAUGUGUUUUACGCACACGCAGAUAUGUUUAUACCACAAUUAUGCAUUCAACCAUCACGAAUAUUACUGUGCAGCUGACCGGUGCUGCCAUUGUACCAUGACAGCUCUCUAUAGGUGUGAAUAUUUCUUCAGGGGACGGGAGGCUUUGUUUAUUUAUUUCUAUAGAUGCGACAAAGCUAUUUGUAAAUAAUAUAUUUAUUCUAUAAAUGUUUAUUUUUCAUUUUGUUGCAUUUUUUUUCUUCUUCUUUGCAUUGGACCAGUAGCGAUGUUUACUGUACGUUUAUUAGUCAUUUUCUUUCUUUCUUAACAAAUAAAUGAAAGUUUUUUGGUGCCUAAUAUCCAGCAAAACCUCACAUCGAUCUGGUUCGUUGAAUUGAGCAUGUAAUAUGCCUUAACAAAUCACAAACAAGGCUCAACACAUAGGUUUAUAGGUCUUCUGAUCUGAUUUUUUUUUUUUUUAAUUAAUUUUCAUAUUGUAUUUGAUUGAUUUGUGUACACAAAUCAUCCCAUCCGUUGUUCUUCCAGGCAGAUGUAUUGUGGUAAAGUCAUCCAAAGCAAAGCCACCGAGAUCCCCAUGAGUUUUAGAAUAAAUUAAUAUUUACUUGUGGGUUGUCUAGUCUGUCACAUGUUCCCUCUAAUCAGUAAUCUGUGUAUAACAUCCUACAAGCAAACGUAACCUUCCCUGAGUUAAAUUGGCCAUGAGGGUCAGAUCCCACCGCCUCUUAAGCAAGACUAAAACAAAUUUACCAGAUUACCCAAAUGUGUACAGCUAGUGAUGGUAAGUGGUUAUCUGAGUGCUUUGAUUUGUUCCCCAUCAGUUUCUGCCCUGCCGCUGCGUCAGUCUGACACUGUUAUGGGGACCUAACAGAGGUACUUGUAAAUUGCUGGAAAUAAAAGAUUAUAUUAUUUCA